AGUUUAAUUCUGUUAAGCUAUGUGGCAUAUAAAAUUUUGUUUUGACAGAUUAUUGAAUCUGAUGAUGGUGGGUCUCCAAAAUGAACCUGACAGAAAAGACCGCCUGGCUGCUACAAGCGUGGCGGAGCACCUGCUUGGGACUACUGGUUUUGAUCUUGAGUAUGAGAUGGACGCCUCAUCACUAGCGCCGGAGCCAGCAACGUAUGAGACUGCUUAUGUGACGUCACACAAGAUGGCAUGUCGCGCCGGCGCAUUCAGUUCCUGCGGACAGCUUGUUGCCACUGGCAGUGUGGACGCUAGUAUUAAGAUCUUGGACGUGGAGCGCAUGUUAGCUAAGUCGGCGCCUGAGGAGGUGGACCCUGGACGUGAACAGCAAGGACAUCCAGUUAUAAGGACAUUGUACGAUCAUACAGAUGAAAUAACUGCUUUGGACUUUCACCCACGCGAGCAGAUUCUCGUGUCGGCAUCGCGGACUGUUGCAUCAAACUGUUUAACAUCACAGAAGGCUUCAGCGAAAAAGGCUUACAAAUCUAUUACAGAUGCAGAGCCAGUGCUCUGCGUGGCGUUCCAUCCCUUGGGCGACCACAUCAUAGCUUCCACCACUCACCCAGUGAUCCGGCUGUAUGACGUCACCACCAGCCAAUGUUUCGUAUGUCCAAUACCGUCUCAUCAUCAUAAGAAGCAAGUUAAUUCCAUUAAGUUUUCCCCGAAUGGCAAGUACUUCGCGAGCGGCAGCGCGGACGGGUCGGUGAAGCUGUGGGACACCGUGUCCAACCGCUGCUUUAACACUUUCAUCAACGCGCACGAGGGGGCCGAGGUCUGCUCCGUCGCGUUCACCAGGAAUAGCAAGUAUCUUCUAACAUCUGGAUUGGACUCGUCUAUAAAACUGUGGGAGCUGGCCAGCAGCAGAUGUCUCAUACAAUACACUGGAGCGGGCACCACUGGCAAGCAAGACCACCACGCCCAAGCAGUGUUCAACCACACGGAAGACUACGUGAUGUUCCCGGACGAGGCGACCACGUCGCUGUGCACGUGGCACUCCCGCAGCGCCAGUCGGUGCCAGCUGAUGUCACUCGGCCACAACGGUGCCGUCAGGUUCGUCGAAUUAAUGAUAUCACUUUUAUUAAUAGCCUAAACCGAGUUUUAUCUA